AUGUUCAACAAGCAGCAAUCUGGGGCCAAGACCUGGAAGGCACCGCAAGCAGAACAAGUUCUAUGGGGAUUGAACGGUUGGAUUCAAAUAAGACCAUUUCAGCCCCCCAGACCUAAACCAGUUCCUCGGAAUAAUAAUUCUUCAUCUACAAUAUCCGCUCAUGACAUUGGAAUCGGUGAAGAGGAGUGGGAACGGCUACAGAAGGCUCUGGACUGGCCCAGUCCAGAUCAAGAAAUCACUCAGCUGGAUCAGAGCACAAGCCCAGUCCACUCAACAUUCUCUAUUGUGGGACUCAAGGAGAGUUACAAAGUGGGAGAAAAGAUCUCUGUUACCAUCACAGCCAGAGACCACAACAAGAACCUGAAAAGAUAUGGAGGAGAUUUUUUCAAAGCAAAGCUAUUCAAUUCAAAGCUCUUGGCGAGUGUGUUCGGGGAGGUUGUUGAUCACUGUAAUGGGACUUACUCUGUAGCUCUUCUUCUGCCCUGGGAAGGUCAGGCACAAGUUUAUGUACGUCUAGAGCACUCCAGUGAGGUUGUGCAGAUUCUUAAAAAAUACAGGGAGUCCUCAUUUCCACGCAGCCACUAUAAAGGCCACUUUGAAGGGUCAGGACCCAAUAAAACCAGGAUCAUUGAAGUAGUACAAUGUAAUCUUAAGUGGGGUGCAGAUGGAAGUUGGAGUAAAGGCGACUGCUGCUGUGAGUAUAAGGAUAUAAAAACAGGGACGGUGUGGCAGUGUGAGAUACCAAAGAAACUUUCUUGUGACAAACUGGUUCGUCACUCUACUGGAAGUUUGGAAAGCCCAUUAAAUCCUUUUGAGAAGCAAUUGUUGACAAAGACAUUAACAAAUGUUGCUAUUACUGGAGACACACAAAUCAUUAAUGUCCUUCCCAACACUACAGGCAUUGGCACAAUGGAGAGAUGCAGAUCUGGCAUGACAACACCAGUUCCUGCAGGGUUCUAUCUGAAAGAUGUCUGGAAUUCUUUUGUAUGCAACACUAGGCAGUUCAGUUCUGCACAAAUGGUAAAUUGUCUUAAAAACAAGAUCGUCUAUAUGAUGGGAGACUCCACCACAAGGCAGUGGUUUGAGUAUUUAGAAAGAAAUGUGCCAGGCAUACAAAGAAUUAACCUCCACACUCAUCAUUUGGGUGGACCCCUGAUGGCUGUAGAGUUGAAAAAUAGUAUCAUUGUUCACUGGAGGCCACACGGUGUUCCUUUGCGAUUUUCUAACGUGCUCAUUAACGACUUGCAUUAUAUCAGCAAUGAUAUUGAUGAAAUAGCUGGUGGUCCUCAUGCAGUCGUUGUCUUCACAAUCUUUGCCCACCGGGUUUUUCACCCAAUAACAUUUUACGUGCAUGAAGUGGCCAAAAUCCGUCAGUCUGUUGUUGCACUGCUGAGUCGUGCACCAGAGACUACCGUCAUCAUCAAGUCUGGGAACACUGCAGGACUAAAGGAUAUUUUUCAAAGUGAUUGGUAUGCAAUGCAGCUGAAUACAGUGAUGCAGGAGAUGUUUCGAGAUAUCAAUGGAGUAAUAUACUUCGAUGUCUGGCAGAUGACGUCCUGUCACUAUCUACGUGAAAAUAUUCACCCAGGACCUGUUGUUAUUGCUAAUGAGGUCAAUAUUUUGCUCUCUUAUAUCUGUCCUUCCUAA